GUGGAUCAUGUAAACCAGCUAGGUCCGGUUUCCCAGUUCUGCAUGAAGGUGCAGCAUGCCAAGGACGUGCACGAUGCAGUUCCCUUGGUGCUGCCAACAGUGCCAGAUGUCGUCAGUGAUCCAGGGAUGGUCAUUGGCAAUAUCACUGAAGGAGACCAUGGGGAUCCUGUGUGCGUGGAUGCAUUUCGCGUACAACGGGUGUACGGGGAGUCUGCGGAAGCAGCCAGCCGAGAGGCGGCAGAAGUUGCCCAGGGAGGGGAAAUUGGCCAGGCAGCGCGAGAGAUGGCCAGGUCGGCCACUGGAGAUGGGGCCAAACCGACCGUCGGACAUGUGGAUCCGGCUGAUGUCGCUGCGGCGUACCGCCGGAAGUGUGCGACCGGAUACGGAAUCGCCGCGGGUGACAACCGAGGGGUCGGCGCAUCCGGAUACCGAGUUGCCCCGGACAAAAGAAGGGAGGAUGAAUUUCGAAGGCCUGUUAGGCGUGGCUUAAGAGGGUGGCGACCCUCUAGUUCUCGCCGCUGGGAGCGGUCCCAGCGUUGGAAAUUAGGUUGGCGACCACCAGAGUGUCUAACUUCCAAAAUCUGUUCCGCCUAACAUUGUAAAUGGCGAGGUUAAUUGUUAGUAAAACUAGGAAAACAAUUAAAAAUACAAUAUUCCCCCAAUUUAAACAAUUACAGUAACGUUGCAGUCACAUAAUACUAAACAGCCGUAUGGUCACCUAUUUUUGUGAUCCUCUUUACUACUCUGAUGUUUAAUUACUGGAAACUCUAUCCUAUUCGCGGUGUUGUUAAUGUAUUACGUUGUACGCAGAAUAACAAAAUAAUAGUUCUCUUAAACAUUUUGAUUAAUUUGAUUAGAUUGUUUUGAAUAUAUAUAUAUGUCCUAUUGUCUCAGUUUAAGCCCAGUCUUUUAUUGCAAUAUUGUUGGAACUAUAAACUUGAAAUUAAUCUGAGCAGUGCUCUGCGAAAUGAGGGUUUAAUGAAUAGGCAUAAAGUGUCGUCCCAAAUUAUCUUGUGCCGUCCGCGCUUUACUUCCUGUAAUGUUUGUAUUACCGCGCUAAGUAGUGCUUUGCACAAUCACGGAUGUGUUUGAUUAUUUCCCGUGAAGUCUGGUUUCCCUUAUGGUCGGAUGUGACAUUGUCGGACGACCACUGUCACACUCCAUACUGUUUGUGGCCGGAAGUGGUAUUUCCCGGAAUUGUUCUUUUAAACAAUAUUUGCAGGUCUUUUGAAUUUUUUACGUGACCAUGCUUGACGGCAACUGUCAUGAUGCAUCAAUUUCAUUUUUUGUUAAUGGCCGGAGGUGUUUCCAGGUGCAUGUACACUUUAUUUUGUUUUUAUUUUUGUAAAGUACAUUAUUUCUCAGUGGGAUCUCCACAUUCUAAUACAUAAGGGAAUGUACUUGUUGGACGAAAGCCAACAAUAAUGUUUUUUCUUGAUUAAGUAAUUGUCAGACGAUAGCCGACAAGAAUGUUCUUUUUUAUUUUACUAAUUUGAUGGAAUUUUAAAUAUGCAAGAAACAUAUUGGUCACUAACCGCUAGAAUGCAGCGGUCUGUAUGUACCCCGCUUGGCAAAGGCACUCCUGUGCCUGCGGGAAGGGGGAAAUCAUAGUCCCAUUUGAGUCUCUGUCUUUUCUGCCUUGGGUGCGACUGUACGAUUACCAUGAUGGCGGCGGCCCAAGAGGAGAAAAGUGGGAGGAGUGUAGUGGGUACAAUAGUUUUUGUUUUAUUUUAGUUGUAUUUCCCUCCAGAUAAUGUCAAUAAAAUGAAUUUGUAACAUUAAAAGCAAUUAAAGGUAUUAUACUUGGACAAAAAUAAGAUUAUUUUUAUUCUUAUACUUUUAACCUUUUGCCACUUAGAUAUGUAUUUAACGCAUUCGUAGUCCCUUUGUUAAAAUUCUUGUAUAAUAUAACCAAGAUGAUUUUUAUUGUUGAUAAUGCAUUUCCAUGUGGGGGUGAGGACCUUCUCAUGUGUGCUGCAAAGCGGAUGUAUUUGUCGCAUUUAUGUUAUUUGUUAAAAUUUGUGAAAAUAGGUUGUAAGGUGGGUGCUCCUGUCCAUUCAUUGUGUAGACAAGAAAAGGACAGGAGUUACAGGACCUUGUUUUGAAAAAGAAGGCGAAUUUUUUGGCAGAUUUGUUUUUACACAAUUUUAGGCUUAUAUGCAUCAUCAAAUUAAAAGCAGUC